AUGCACAUCCCCUCACCCCUCACCACCCUCGCCCUCAUCGCAACCACCACCCUCCCAGUCCUAUCCACCGACCUCCCCAUCCGCACCAUCUACCAAUUCUCCUCCAACGACACCUGGCUCGAGAACCUCGCCGUGCGCUCCAACGGCAUCAUCCUCGCCACCGAAAUCGGUCCCCCAGCCAACCUCCUCGCCUUCGAUCCACGCUCCCCAUCCCCCAAAAAACACAUCCUGCAUACCUUCGACUCUGUCCUCGGUCUCUCCGGCAUUACCGAAGCAGCCCACGACAUCUUCUACGUCACCGGCGCCAACACCACCUCAGCGAACAUUGACGAUCCGCCUAAAAACGCCACGCACGUUUGGCGCGUCGACUUUAAUAUCGGGAACGGAACGGCUCCUGAGAUCACCCUCAUUGCGCGGCCUACAGCCCCCACGGGGUUUAAUGGACUCGCGGCAUUCAACGAAACCAUCAUCCUCGCGUCAGCCUCCUAUCAAGAUUCUAUUUUCGCGGUCGAUACCACGACGGGGUAUACCUGGGAAGCUAUCAAACAAACAAAUCUAAUGAGCAGUAUCAACGGGCUCAAAAUCCAAGAUGGAUUCGUAUAUUGGACCGCCGGAGGCGAUCUCUACCGUGCACUGCUCUACAACAACGUGACUGCUGGGGUCGGGGAGUUGAUUGUUAAGGGGACCUCGUUUGAUGAUUUUGCCAUUGCGCCGGAUGGUUUCCGUGCGGGCAAUGGGAGGAAGUAUGUGUAUGCGGCUACGGCGGCGGAGAAUACGAUUAUGGAGAUUAGUUUUGAUUUAGAGGGGGGUGAGAAUCGCACGGAGGUGGUUGCGGGGGAUUUGGACUCGACGGAGAUUGCGGAGCCCACGGGGUGUGCGUUUGGGAGGGGGGAGGGGGAGGUGAAUGUGUUGUAUGUUACUACGGGUGGGGGGAGUGCGGUGGCGGUGGAUGUGGAUGGGGUGGAUGUUGCUGUUGGGGCGCAGUUGUUGGGGAUUAGGUUGGGGUAG